CCCGCCAAGUAAAAAUGUCUGCUCCGAAAGACUCGAAAAUUAAGUUUUGUAGAAAGAAAUACUAUUUGUAGUUAAAAUCAAUUAAUUAUACUGCUCUAAACAGAUAUUAAAAUCGACAAUGGAACAUGAAUUGGUGACGGUCACAAUAAAAAACUGCAUGCCUUAAAAUUUUAAACGUAGAUUUUUUACGAGAAUCUCAUAGGACUAAUAGUGUAGUGUACAGGACAUGUGCGGUCCAAAGGUCCAUUGACAUUGUAGUUUGAACGAAGCUACGCAGCGGAGCCAGAAUGUCUGACGACGAGGACUCGUCCCCUGACCGGGCGUUGGUCCCGAUAAACAAUGUUCCUGUGCUGGGCAUCAAGCGUCUCAAGCAGAUCGAGACAAUGUUCGUGUCUCGACGCGCUACCGGUCGUUCCGCCGGUCUCAGCGUGGAGACUCUUCUAGACGUCCUGCUCGUACUAUAUGACGAAUGCUGCAACAGCAGUCUGCGCAGAGAGAAGGCCGUCGCCGACUUCAUACACUACAUAAAACCGGUGGCGACGGCUUUGAAGAGGUUCCGUCUAUCAAGGGAUGACUUUGAGCUGGUGAAGGUCAUAGGACGUGGUGCCUUUGGAGAAGUAUGCGUCGUGAGAGCCUCUUUUAUGCAGGUAUUGUACGCUAUGAAGAUCCUCAACAAGUGGGAGAUGCUUAAGAGAGCAGAGACAGCAUGCUUCCAGGAAGAGCGUGACGUGCUAGUCUAUGGCGACAGGAGGUGGAUAACGAAUCUGCACUAUGCGUUCCAGGAUGAACACAAUUUGUACCUAGUGAUGGACUACUACUGCGGCGGGGACCUCCUGACUCUCCUGUCCAAGUUCGAGGACCGGCUGCCCGAGGACAUGGCCAAGUUCUACAUCGCCGAGAUGGUGCUGGCCAUACAGAGCGUGCACGAGCUACGAUACGUGCACAGGGAUAUAAAGCCAGACAACGUGCUACUAGACGCGAGCGGGCACAUCAGACUAGCGGACUUCGGCUCCUGUUUGCGGUUAGGGGAUGACGGCAAGGUACAAAGUAACGUGGCGGUGGGGACCCCAGACUAUAUUUCGCCUGAAAUUCUAAGAGCGAUGGAAGACGGGCAGGGUCGAUAUGGACCGGAGUGCGAUUGGUGGUCGUUAGGCGUGUGCAUGUACGAGAUGCUAUUCGGCGAGACGCCGUUCUACGCGGAGUCGCUUGUAGAGACGUACGGCAAGAUCAUGAACCACGCGCGAUCGUUCCUCUGUCCACCGCCCGAUGAACACGCCGCACAGGUGUCCGAAGAAGCCAAAGAUUUAAUACGACAGCUCAUUUGCUCAUCAGAAAACAGACUGGGGAAGAACGGACUACAAGACUUCAAGAAUCAUCCCUGGUUCGCGGGUCUCGACUGGGAGAAUCUCCGCGAGAUGCAAGCGCCGUUUGUGCCUGACGUGUCGUCUCCUACUGACACCUCCAACUUUGACGUUGAUGACACGGAUAUUAGGCUAUCCGAAGCGGUCCCGCCGCCGCAAGCGUCGUCUGCUUUCUCAGGGCUGCACCUGCCAUUCGUGGGCUUUACAUUCACGGCCGGGUCCCGCCUGUCCGACCUGGGCGCGCCCGCCGGCCCGCUCAGCCCCGCCAAGAAUGCUCCCAGCCCUAAAGACACAUCUCUCAGCCCCGCCAAGAAUGCUCCUAGCCAGGCGCCAUCCAACGCAGGCGACCGCGCCGCCCUGAAAGCCUUAGAGCGGGAGAACGUCCUAUUAGCCCAGACCAUCGCAGAGCUUAGGGCGGGCGGCGCCGCCCUCGACGCCGGUGGUGAAGAGCUAAUACAGUUGAAAGAAGAAUUGGCGACACUGUCGAAGCGAAACGCGGAUCUCGAGGCGCAGUUGCGAUGCUACGAACAACUUAACAGCGGAAUGACAGCGCAGGAUAUGGCGUCGUGUCCGCCAGAGAUAGGCGCCCGUCUCAGAGAGCUGGAAGCCAGUGUUGCCAACCUAACGCAAGAGAAGGAGGAGCUGGCCAAAGACAAGGCCGAUAUGAGCGAGAAACUGAGGCUACAGGACAAGGAGCUUCAGGACGCUUUGGAACAGCGGCGAUUGGCCAUGGCCGAGUACAAGGAGGUCGCCGACAAGCUGGCCGACCUAAGGCAGCAGAAACACAAGCUGUCGCGACAGGUGCGGGACAAAGAGCAAGAGCUCGAGAAAGAGAUGCAAAAGAUCGACGCUCUCCGCCAGGACAUCCGGCGCUCCGAUAAAGGCCGCCGCGAGCUGGAAGCGAGGCUGGAUAUGGCCAUCGCUGAAGCUACUAAGGAGCGCAAACUUCGUGAAGAGACGCUUCGCUCGCAGCGCGGCGAGACAGUUAGCGCCGGGCCCGCCGCAGAUGUAGCGCGUUUGCAGCACGAAGUGGAGGCUUUGGAGCUGCAAUACAAGGAAUCUCUAGCGCAGCAGCAGGCCCGGUAUAACUCCGAAAUAGCCGCGCUCCGCGACCAACUGCAAGAGACUGACGCCAUGCGGAAUGUGCUCAACCGAGAGCUGCAAACUUCAAAGGAAAAACUGGAAAGUCGCCGCCUGGAACAACUUAGCGACAGCGAAGACAAGCAGAUGCUCAUUAACGAGAACAGGAAACUGGCCAAAGACUUGGACGCGAUGGCAGAGAACGGCAGGCGGUGGCAUGCGGAAAGGCGGCAGUUGGAAAUGGAAUUGGAAGAGUAUAGAGCGAAACGCGACACCAUGCAGCAUUGGGAGAUUCAGAUAGCAGAUAUAAUUCGAUGGGUGGCAGACGAGAAAGAGGCUAGAGGCUACUUGCAAGCGCUCGCGACUAAGAUGACUGAAGAGUUGGAGUAUCUCAAACAUGCGAGUGCAUCCCGUGGCAUGGCGCCAUCGUCGCCUCCGGGCGCCGCACCGGGCGGCUGGCGGAACCGUCGUUCCCAGAAACUGGACAAGAUGGAGAUCCUCACGCUGCAGUCGUCGCUCCACUCAGAGAUCCAGGCCAAGCAGGCUGUUGGCGAGGAGCUGAGCCGCACGCGAGCCGAGCUACUGGCUAGCCAGAGGGAGCUGAUGGAGACCCGCCAGAGGCUGGACUCUUUAGCGCGCGAUAUGAAGCACAAGGAGCAACAUAUCCGCGACAUGCAAGCGCGCCUCGACGCGCCGCACCAGCCCGCCAGCUCCUUUCGCGCGUGGCUAAGACCGUACAUCCCGUUGUUCAUAGGCGUGACGUCAUGUUUAUGGGGCGUGGCGAUUCUUGUAUACCAUCAAAUAUACGAUUCGAGGCAGGGAUCGGCCAAGUCGUCGACGUACUGGAGCGGCAAAGAAGAGAAUGUCUUGGAUCGGCCUCCUUCACAAAUGAGCUAUCUGGAUCAGUUUUUGAAGGAAGCGCCCACGGAAAGGCAUUACGACAAUGUGCCCUCUAUCAACAACGAGCAGAAGAUGUCGCCGCAGUACCGUUACAGAAAUAACCAGUACUGUUGUAACUCAAAGGUGAUGUACGGAUCUCAACAGUCGGCAGUGUUGAGUGGGUCGAUAGACUCGCAAGACUCGAUAGAACCACGCGCCGCGUCGCCCGCGUCGAGCAAGAGCUCGCCUAGUGAAAUGUCUACGGACCCGUCAAUAGGUCCCGCGGUGCCAGGCAAGCAGAAAGUCCACCAGUUCCUCGUCCGAACGUUCAGCAGUCCCACCAAAUGUAACCACUGUACUUCUCUCAUGAUCGGCCUAACCCGUCAAGGCGUGGUAUGCGAGACGUGCGGCCUAGCGGUCCACACUCGGUGCUGUGCGCGAGUUGCGGCGCGUUGUCCGCUACCGCCUGAGCGAUCGCGGCGCCCGCUGGGGAUCGACCCCGCUCGUGGACAGGGCACUGCCUACGAGGGAUACGUCAAGGUUCCCAAGCCGGGCGGGGUGAAGAAAGGUUGGAUGCGACAGUUUGUGGUCGUGUGCGAUUUCAAGUUGUUCCUCUACGAUAUUUCACAAGACAGGAAUGCCUUACCGUCAGUGUGCGUCAGUCAAGUGCUAGACAUGCGAGACCCAGAGUUCAGUGUGACGUCAGUCAAGGACUCUGACGUCAUACACGCCAGCAAGAGGGAUAUACCGUGUAUAUUUAGGAUAUCAACGUCACAACUAGAAGGAGGGAAGCGAUCUCAUACAUUAAUGUUAGCGGAAUCCGAGUCUGAGAAGACGAAGUGGGUGGUCGCCCUUAGCGAAUUACAUAGGAUAUUGAAAAGAAACAAUUUACCGGACAAAUAUGUGUAUAGCGCUUGCGUUUUGGUCGACGGCGCGGGCGCUGCGGCGACUGCACUCCGCGGCGCGCUAUGCGCGUGCGUGCUGGAAGGCGGCCGCGUGUGCGUGGGCGGCGACGGCGGCCUGGCGCUGCUGGACCUGGAGCGCGCCGAGCUCACGCCGCGCCGGCAGCACGCGCCCGUGGCCAAGCUGCUGCACGUGCCCGCCGAGCAGCUGCUGGUCAGCAGGGCCUGCACUGUGCGCCGCGCUGUGCGUGCGCGGGCGGCGCUGCUGGACCUGGAGCGCGCCGAGCUCACGCCGCGCCGGCAGCACGCGCCCGUGGCCAAGCUGCUGCACGUGCCCGCCGAGCAGCUGCUGGUGGUGAUAGCGGGCCGAGGCCGGCACGUGCGUCUGGUCCCGAUUCGCGCGCUGGAAUGCAGCGAAGUGGAAUGCGUGAAGCUGGCUGAGACCAAAGGCGCGGUCGACAUCGCUGCAGGAGACUUGCACGCUCACGCUAAAGGCUUCGCUGUGGUCUGCAAGCGACAGCUGGCUGAGACCAAAGGCGCGGUCGACAUCGCUGCAGGAGAUUUGCACGCUCACGCUAAAGGCUUCGCUGUGGUCUGCAAGCGACAGCUGGCUGAGACCAAAGGCGCGGUCGACAUCGCUGCAGGAGACUUGCACGCUCACGCUAAAGGCUUCGCUGUGGUCUGCAAGCGACAGCUGGCUGAGACCAAAGGCGCGGUCGACAUCGCUGCAGGAGACUUGCACGCUCACGCUAAAGGCUUCGCUGUGGUCUGCAAGCGACAGCUGGCUGAAACCAAAGGCGCGGUCGACAUCGCUGCAGGAGACUUGCACGCUCACGCUAAAGGCUUCGCUGUGGUCUGCAAGCGACAGCUGGCUGAGACCAAAGGCGCGGUCGACAUCGCUGCAGGAGACUUGCACGCUCACGCUAAAGGCUUCGCUGUGGUCUGCAAGCGACAGCUGGCUGAGACCAAAGGCGCGGUCGACAUCGCUGCAGGAGACUUGCACGCUCACGCUAAAGGCUUCGCUGUGGUCUGCAAGCGACAGCUGGCUGAGACCAAAGGCGCGGUCGACAUCGCUGCAGGAGACUUGCACGCUCACGCUAAAGGCUUCGCUGUGGUCUGCAAGCGACAGCACCAGCUGCCCGACCCGCGCCGCGCCCAGCCCGACCAGCCCGCCGUCUGUGAGUGUCGCACGAGCUGUAGCACAGCACAGCGCGGCCGCCUGCUGCUGGGCUACCGCCAGCACCAGCUGCCCGACCCGCGCCGCGCCCAGCCCGACCAGCCCGCCGUCUGUGAGUGUCUCACGAGCUGUAGCACAGCACAGCGCGGCCGCCUGCUGCUGGGCUACCGCCAGCACCAGCUGCCCGACCCGCGCCGCGCCCAGCCCGACCAGCCCGCCGUCUGUGAGUGUCUCACGAGCUGUAGCACAGCACAGCGCGGCCGCCUGCUGCUGGGCUACCGCCAGCACCAGCUGCCCGACCCGCGCCGCGCCCAGGCCGACCAGCCCGCCGUCUGUGAGUGUCUCACGAGCUGUAGCACAGCACAGCGCGGCCGCCUGCUGCUGGGCUACCGCCAGCACCAGCUGCCCGACCCGCGCCGCGCCCAGCCCGACCAGCCCGCCGUCUGUGAGUGUCUCACGAGCUGUAGCACAGCACAGCGCGGCCGCCUGCUGCUGGGCUACCGCCAGCACCAGCUGCCCGACCCGCGCCGCGCCCAGGCCGACCAGCCCGCCGUCUGUGAGUGUCGCACGAGCUGUAGCACAGCACAGCGCGGCCGCCUGCUGCUGGGCUACCGCCAGCACCAGCUGCCCGACCCGCGCCGCGCCCAGCCCGACCAGCCCGCCGUCUGUGAGUGUCUCACGAGCUGUAGCACAGCACAGCGCGGCCGCCUGCUGCUGGGCUACCGCCAGCACCAGCUGCCCGACCCGCGCCGCGCCCAGCCCGACCAGCCCGCCGUCUGUGAGUGUCUCACGAGCUGUAGCACAGCACAGCGCGGCCGCCUGCUGCUGGGCUACCGCCAGCACCAGCUGCCCGACCCGCGCCGCGCCCAGGCCGACCAGCCCGCCGUCUGUGAGUGUCUCACGAGCUGUAGCACAGCACAGCGCGGCCGCCUGCUGCUGGGCUACCGCCAGCACCAGCUGCCCGACCCGCGCCGCGCCCAGGCCGACCAGCCCGCCGUCUGUGAGUGUCGCACGAGCUGUAGCACAGCACAGCGCGGCCGCCUGCUGCUGGGCUACCGCCAGCACCAGCUGCCCGACCCGCGCCGCGCCCAGGCCGACCAGCCCGCCGUCUGUGAGUGUCGCACGAGCUGUAGCACAGCACAGCGCGGCCGCCUGCUGCUGGGCUACCGCCAGCACCAGCUGCCCGACCCGCGCCGCGCCCAGCCCGACCAGCCCGCCGUCUGUGAGUGUCUCACGAGCUGUAGCACAGCACAGCGCGGCCGCCUGCUGCUGGGCUACCGCCAGCACCAGCUGCCCGACCCGCGCCGCGCCCAGCCCGACCAGCCCGCCGUCUGUGAGUGUCUCACGAGCUGUAGCACAGCACAGCGCGGCCGCCUGCUGCUGGGGUACCGCCAGCACCAGCUACCCGACCCGCGCCGCGCCCAGGCCGACCAGCCCGCCGUCUGUGAGUGUCGCACGAGCUGUAGCACAGCACAGCGCGGCCGCCUGCUGCUGGGCUACCGCCAGCACCAGCUGCCCGACCCGCGCCGCGCCCAGGCCGACCAGCCCGCCGUCUCUCUAGUCCACCCCGAGAACCAAGUGAACAUGUUCUUAUCUCACUCCGGCGCGCGGCCGCUGGCCUGCGCUCCCGUGCCUCGCUCGUCCGACACGCUACUCGUGUUCAGUUCCCUGGCAUUGUACGUGGACCGCGCCGGACAUCGGGCGAGGGACACCGAGCUCAUGUAUACGCAGCACCCGGCCCAUCAUGCCUGCGCUCCCGUGCCUCGCUCGUCCGACACGCUACUCGUGUUCAGUUCCCUGGCAUUGUACGUGGACCGCGCCGGACAUCGGGCGAGGGACACCGAGCUCAUGUAUACGCAGCACCCGGCCCAUCAUGCGAUAAACGAAACGCACCUGCUGAUCUUCACGACGACGCACAUCGACAUCUACGACAUCGAGUCGGGCGAGUGGGUGCAGACCAUCAAUAUACCAAACGCCAGGCCACUAGACGAGUGCGGUUGGAUAUGCGCCGUGGGCGGCGGCAACGGAGGCAACGGAUUCCCCUUCGGAAGCGAGGCGGCGCCUUAUAUCAUCUAUCUGAGGCCGCUGUUAGCACAGGGGCCACUAAGCGUAGAGGCUUUAGGCGCGUGGGGCGCGCACAAGAGGCGUUACUCUGUGAGAGAACAAUCCCACCAGGCCAUCGAGGCGCAUAACCGGCUAUCCCAGGGCCGGUCGCGCCUGAUCUCAGCGCCCACCAACUUCGCGCACCUAUCACACAUGGGUCCCGGCGACGGCAUCCGCUCGCAGCGUCUACUUGAUCUACCUACCACCGUGGAAACAGCCGACGAGCAGCAGCAGAUGUACAGCAGUCGAGAGAGCAGUAAGCGAACGUCACCGCUAACGAUAUCGCACGGGACGGGUUCUUAUAAUGGCUCGUGGCGAGGCGCGCGCCCGCGAGAGUUGCCGCCGGCCGCGCCCGACGCGCCGCCCUCGCCGCCGCUGUCCAUCCACCGCCCCAUGGAGAGGUCAAUCGGUGGUGGUUCCGCUGGCAGCGGCUCGCUCCUCGAGCGCUCCAUUACGCCGCUCAGUCUCGGCUCCAUGAGCUCGCUGCACGACGUACUAAAGCUAACCAAAAAGCUAGGCCAAACAGAGAAUUUCGAGUAG